CAUUCAUUCAUAUCUCGUACUUUCUUCUCUCUUUCCGUUCCCUUUUUUCUCUUCUCAACUUAAAUUUCUUUCCUUUUUCUUCAAGCAUAUCCUUGCAAAUUUAAACCAUCACAAAAUACUAAAAACUAUCACUUCUUUUUUCUUCUUCUCCUUCUUCUUUUUAGCAAUAAGAAGUGUCCUAGUGUGACGAGAGUUUUGGCAGGGGUUGAUGGGUAACUGCCUAGAUUCUUCAGCUAAAGUAGAAGCAGCUCACACUUCCAGGACCCCUUCUGGAAUUUCAAAAACUAGUCCUUCAUCUGUUCCUUCCAACUUAUCUAUUGUGUCAUUCAGUGAAGCAAGUGAUGCCUCAAAUCUUCCCACACCAAGGUCUGAGGGUGAAAUCUUGUCUUCCCCAAAUCUUAAGGCCUUUACCUUCGCUGAGCUAAGGAAUGCCACCCGAAACUUUCGCCCUGACAGUCUUCUUGGUGAGGGAGGAUUUGGUUAUGUUUACAAGGGGUGGAUUGAUGAACACACAUUUACAGCUUCAAAACCAGGAUCAGGAAUGGUCGUUGCGGUUAAAAAACUUAAACAUGAUGGCUUACAAGGUCAUAAGGAGUGGUUGACUGAAGUGGACUACCUUGGGCAACUUCACCAUCAGAAUCUGGUUAAAUUGAUUGGAUACUGCGUUGAGGGAGAGAACCGGUUGUUGGUAUAUGAAUUUAUGUCCAAAGGGAGCUUAGAGAAUCAUUUGUUUAGAAGAGGACCACAACCUCUCUCUUGGGCAGUGAGGAUGAAAGUGGCCAUAGGUGCUGCCAGAGGACUCUGUUUCCUUCAUAAUGCCAAAUCACAAGUCAUAUACCGUGAUUUUAAAGCAUCUAAUAUCCUCCUGGACGCAGAUUUCAAUGCUAAACUAUCUGAUUUUGGCUUAGCAAAGGCUGGCCCUACGGGUGAUAAAACUCAUGUCUCUACUGAAGUCAUGGGUACUCAAGGAUAUGCAGCACCUGAAUAUGUUGCAACAGGUCGUUUGACAGCUAAAAGUGAUGUAUAUAGCUUUGGGGUUGUUUUGCUUGAACUAUUGUCUGGUAGACGUGCUGUUGACAGAACCAAAGCUGGUGUAGAGCAGAAUCUGGUAGAGUGGACAAAACCAUAUUUGGGUGACAAAAGAAGACUAUUUCGGAUUAUGGACACCAAGUUGGGAGGCCAAUACCCACAAAAAGGAGCAUACAUGGCUGCUACACUUGCUCUAAAGUGCCUUAAUCGGGAAGCCAAGGCAAGGCCUCCAAUGACAGAGGUUUUAGAAACUCUUGAAAAGAUUGAGGUCUCAAAAACUGCAGGGAGAACCUCCCAAUUAUUAGAACACAAGAGAGUCCAUGCUCCUGCCAGAAAGUCAACUGUGCGAAAUGGUCCCCUUUGAAUCUUAUUCCUACUGCAUUCCCAUUGCAAUCUCAUCCACAAUCUGCUUGUGUACACUAAAUUUUGAACAUUUGUAUAUAUGUUCCUUAUUUUUAUCAGGUUGGUUGAUCUUCUCUGGAUGUAAUGUGGUAUGUGCCUAGAUGCAAUUUGAAUUGAAUAUUUACACAUUAUUUCAACAAGCUAUAGAAAUUGUUCAAACUCAAAAGCAGUAUUCUGCAUAUUCAUUUGUUGGUUGAUUACAGUAAUGGGAUAUUUGUACAACUGUUAUGGACACAUUGCUAGCCAAGAGUUACAUUGAAACUGUUUGCAUCAGUUGUUUUUACA